AUGGCUAGCGAGCGGCUAAGCCAGAUUGAACGUCAUCUGGCGGACCCCAGUCGGAUUGAUGACCAGGUGGUCCUCAUCACAGGCGCUGGCCAGGGUAUCGGCCGGUCAGCUGCCCUUCUCCUCGCCUCGAAGGGUGCCAAAAUUGGAAUCAACGACCUGGACAGGGAUAAAGCACAAGAAGUUGUCAACGAAAUCCUAGCAAAGGGUGGGCAAGCCGAGUGUUAUCCAGGCGAUGUCCUCGAUCCUUUGUUUCCAGGGAGCUUCGUGGCAGCGAUCUUGAAAAAAUGGGGCAAGAUCAAUUGUUUGAUUAAUAACGCAGGCUUUUGUCACGACGGUGCAAUCCACAAGAUGGCAGACGAGAAGUUCGACAUCAUCAUGAAGGUACACAACUACACGCCAUUCCGAAUGAUCCGAGCACUUUCCACGCACUGGAUGGAUCCUGCCAAUCUCGACAUGGCCAAAUCCAUUGUCAAUGUUUCCUCGACAUCGGGCCUUCAUGGGUCGAUGGGGCAAAUCAACUACGCCACGGCCAAGGCGGGAAUUGUAGGGUUGACUAAAACGGUGGCAUCGGAAUGGGGACGGUAUAACGUUCGUUGUAACGCGAUUGCCUUUGGCUGGGUCGACACUCGGAUCACAAGACCUCCUUCUGGGUCGACUAGCCUCGUCGUGGAUGGACAGAAGAUUCAACUUGGAAUCCCUCUGAACGCAAAAAGAUGGCGUGACACUUCCGAUAUACCAUUGGGGAGACCCGGCACUGCUGAUGAGGCCGCCUGUGUUAUGCUUUUUCUGGUCAGCCCUUUGUCUUCUUAUAUUACAGGUACUUGCAUAGAAUGCACGGGUGGAAGGUUCAUGUAA